GAGCGGCUUAGCCGAGCCGCCAGUGGCUGGGAGCUCGGCGGUGGCUCGGGGGAUUCCCUCAGCGGCUGUCACGCUGCUGCCUCUCCCCGGCGGCGGCUUCGGAUGGCGUUCCUCCCGCCCGACCCUUCGGCUUAACGGGAAAACUUUACGGCGGCGUCUCCCCCCCCCUCCCCUUCGAGGAACCGAUCAAAAGUUGGGCGAACUGGUGGGUGCGCGGCGCGCGGCGAGGGCGCGGGGAAGGCGUUCUCCCGCCCGCGGUGCCCCGGCCCCGCCAUGUGCACCAACAUAGUUUACGAGUGGCUGAGAGCGCUCCAGCUCCCGCAGUACGCCGAGUCCUUCGUGGAUAACGGUUACGAUGACCUGGAGGUGUGCAAGCAGAUCGGGGACCCGGACCUGGACGCCAUCGGGGUGCUGGCGCCCGCGCACCGCCGCCGCAUCCUGGAGGCUGUGCGCCGGCUGCGGGAGCAGGACGCGGCGGCCGCCGGCCUCUACUUCACCCUGGAGCCGCAGCCCGCGCCGCCCGCGCCGCCCGCGCCGCCCGCCGACGCCGUGCCCCCCGGCCGCCGGGGGGAGCCGUGCGGCGGCGGCGGCGGCGGCGGCCUGGUCCUGGGCACUCGCGGGGACCCUCGGGGCCAGACGACCGCCCCCCGCAGCCGGGAGCUGGUGAGCUACCCCAAGCUGAAGCUGAAGAUUAUGAUCCGGGAUAAGCUGGUCCGCGACGGCAUCCACCUGAGCAAGCCCCCGUACUCCCGCAAGGUCCCUAUGGCUGGCAUCCUAGCGUACUUAAUGAAUUGGCCGAAGUCAUCACAGAACCGCUAGCUAUCAUUUUUGAGAACCCGUGGAGGACUGAUGAGAUGCUGACGACUGGAAAAGGGCAUAUUUAGAAUCUUCUUCCAAAAAAAGGGAACUUGGAUGGUGACCCUGGAAAUACUCAUCAGCUUUACUCUUUGCUUGGAAAAAUUCUGCAGUGAUCAACUUAACAAAAUCUGUAAACUGGUUUAUAGUACCUAGAGGAAAGCAGUUAUAAAAAAAAAAAAAGAGCCACAUAUAAAGUAUUGCGCUCACUUUUCAAAGUACACAUCUUAUACAUGUCCUGGAUUUGCUCUUCUUUAUUCUGUGACUUCUUGAUAAAAACUGAUGGGGCUAAGGAACUUUAUAAUUGCUCAUUUUAAGUAUAAUUCAAACAGGGCGUUUAUGACAAAGCUAUUAGUCAUAUCAUUUCCCAAUUAGCUUUUUAUCUUGAGAACUGUACUUUCAUUUAAUAUUUUCCCAUGCAUGUUUCACUCCAUAUAGAUUUCAUUAAGUCAUGAUAUUUCACAUAAUUCUCUAUCAAAUGCUUUGGUGAAGGAAUUCUUAUCUUAAGGGAAUCCAUAGAGUUAGUUCAUAUAGAGAUAGGAUAGUAAAACUGGUACAUUCUCCUAGUGAUAACACUAAGAGAAGAAAAUGUCUUCUGACUUUUCUUGAAAUUUGAUGCAGUUGAGGGUGAGUGGUAAGGCCGUACGGAGUUCCUGCUCGGAGCCCUAGCAAGCAAGGCUGGGCAUCUAUUCUGAGAGGAUUGUUUUUCUAUGCUAGGUGACGGCCAGCCCAGCUCCUCCUGAGCUUCA